AUGGCUUCUGAUACUGAGACCUCCGUCGCUGCGGCCCCAGAGCCCAUGGAUCUUUCUACUCCUGUGAAGGAGGAGGAGAACGAGACUGGUGAUAUCCAAACCCCAACUCCCACUCCCACCCCCCGCAAGCGCAGCCGUUCAGCAAAGACCAAAUCCAGCGCUGUCCGAACCCCAAAGACCCCCAAGGGCACUGCCAAGGGCACCGAUGCAAGCGCAGCUGACGUCGAAGAUGACGGCGAAGGCGAAGGUGACGGCGACGCCGACGCCGACACCGAAGCCUCACCCAGCAAGAAAAGCAAAAACACCGGCGCUACCAAGAAGGUCAUGGGUCCCAUUCCUACCUCCUAUGAGGCGGCGGGGGACUCUGACCGUAUGAUUCUGCGCAUGAGAGACGAGGAGGGUCGCGGAUGGCCGGAUAUCAAUGCCGCGUGGAUGAAUAUGACCGGGAUCUCGGUGGGCAAGACGACUCUGAGAAUGAGAUAUCGCACUAUGAAGAGUAACUUUGUUUCGGUUGAUGCUGAGGAUGAACCCCGUCUCCUACACGCCAAGAAAGAAGUCGAAGAGCGUUUCGAAUCCGAGAAAUGGACCAAGAUCGCCGAACAGAUCGUCUCCGACGGCGGCAAGAAGUACCCGCCUGCCAGCCUGCAGAAGAAGUACAAGGCGAUUAUGAGUGUGGGCAAUGCUGCAGCUUAA